UUUGGGCCAAAUUGUUGGUGUGGUCACCAGUCACCGCUGCCCAAUAAUUUUCGUGCCUAUCCUACCAGCAUUUUCCGACCUCACUUUUGACCUUGGCACAUUCAACAAUGAGUUCAGUCUCUUCGCACGAUGGAAGUGACAAGGAAUUAUUCCACCCUCCUCGCCUACCUGACACUUUGGCCCCACGCUUCGCUUACUUGAGAAAGACUGACAUUCUGGACACACUUGACUCCAACCGGUUUCGUGAUACUGAUGCCUGGAGCGUAGCUGCUACCAUUGACGAUCAGGAGUCGGUGUUGAGCGGACAUGGCGGAUCCAACUUAACCAGUAUUAGCGGAAGGCACUCGAUGAGCGAGAGAGCAGAUGAAGGUGACGAUAACUCUACGCUAGACGGUAUAAGCAACAACGCUAGACCUCCCGUGAACAGCUCCCUUUCUCAGCAACCUCAGAUUCUUGAAGAAAUGAUGGAUGUUAACAUCGAUACCCAGAGUGAAAACGACGACGAUAAAGACGAUGAUAAGGGAUCUCGAUCUAACGCAGCAGAAUUUGGAGAUGACAGAUCGGCUGUGGCCGACUUUGGUGAUGAUACGCCCGACAAUAUCACAGAUAACAACGUUGUCAGUGACGAGAUCACUGCCCCACCACAACCUCAGCCCAGCUUCGCUGUAUCCAAGUCUUAUGUUGAACUCAUGGAGGAAAAUGAAAUGUUGCAAAAUCAGCUACGCAACCUGGAGUUAGCGCAUAAACAACAAGCACUGAUGAUGGAUAACCUCAAGACUAUGGUUUCCGGUUCGGAUGGAUUUAAGGAGAAUGACCGACAGAAACUCAAUUUCGGAACUUCAUCCAGCAAUGGUAGCAUUGGCAGCGUGAACAGUGAUAGUAACCGCCAGUUAUUGGUACCUUCACAAUCACCUACCCAAAUGCACAACCACCAAAAUAACCAUCACCAUAACCACAAUCAUCAUCAACAUCAUCCUCAUCAACAUCUACAGCAGCAACCAAGUUUGCCUCUCUCAGCCAGCGACUUCGAGCUCCUUGAUAAUCGAUCACAACCCAUCAUAAAUUCUCAGUCGAUUGGACAAAAGUUAGAAGUCUUUGUCAAUCAAGUCUCCGACGUGAUCAGCUCUAUUGUAACAACACCUACCUCUGAAGCUGCCGAAGACAAUGGCACGUUGCAUUUCGAAAUAGAGCAGCAAUUAUUUCAAGAGCUCGCUAACUCCUUUGUUUAUUGAUGAAGAAGAGCUUGUGGUAUUGCCAGCAAGAGUUCUCUUGGAGUAGAUAUCGUUUCUUUCCCCGUUCCCUUAUAUUAGCCCAUUACUGUCCAUAUUCGCUCGUUUACUUUUCUUUUUCCCCCACUUCUGUCAUUUUUUGACUCCAUAACCGAAUGAAUUUCGUUUUUCGUCGUGAUAUCUCUCAUUCUGAUUUAUAGUCGAAGACUAAUAUGUAUAUGGCGGCGGCCGAACUGUUGAAAUCUGUCAAUAAAUUCAAUUCGUUUGU